AAAACAAAGCAUGCGUGAAGAGUAUACCACCUAUAAAGAAAUAGUAGAAUUUUAUGCGAAGAAGAUCAAUAUACAGAGCAGUGUGCUAGGCAUUGGGAGUGGAAGAACCGCCUUUCUAUUAUUGAAUGAAUGUAUCAAUGCAAACAUAUCAGGAAAAGAAACAAUAUUUACUGCUACAAGCACAGAAACAGAAGUAGCUCUUGCCUCUCAUGAAAGAAUUGCUGCCAGCAUGCAAGGCUUGGACAAAAUAGAUUUAUACUUUGAUGGCGCAGACUAUGUAGAUUCAAGUGGAUGGAUAAUCAAAGGUUACGGUGGAGCAAUCUUUCUUGAACGAAUUGCUAUGCAUAUUUCAGAGCUUUCAGUAAUUGUAGUACCGCUCAGUAAAUGUGUUCAUGACUUUACAAACCUUUACGUUCCAGUUGAAGUUGUAAAGCCAUCCCUUUCACUUAUAAAAAAACACUUUGACCUGCAUAGCUGUACGUAUAGUAUACGGUAUGCUGGCAAGAACAUAUACACCACAUACCUGGGCAAUAUAAUACUGGAUGUAAUGUACAGCCCCACUCUGUCCGACAUUCUUAAUGUUCCCGGAAUUGUGGCACACGGCCUCAUACCACCAAGCAGCCGCACAGAAAUUGUAAUAGUUAAGAAUCCUCUUUAUUAACAGCAGGAUAUAGACCUAUCCUUCUUCAUUUUUUGUAGUAUAAUUCUACUUGUAAUAACAGAAAGCAGCAUUGCUAUUAAGAUAAACCCAUUUCCUGUCAUCAUUGACAUCAUAAGAAUCCAAGAACAAAUAAACUUAACC